GAGCGCCGGGCACAUGCCGAGGCGCGGGCGAGCGGUAGAACGAGCGGUCCCGCCAGGCCUUGUGCGAGGUCGGCGCUUGCGCACUGCAGAGAGCCUUUCUCGGUGCUCUGCCGACACCGCCCCUGGGAGGCGCGAAGAACUUCAGUCAGUGUGAGAGACAGAACCUGGCCGAGUUUAGGAGGUCCGUGGUCGCAGGCUAUUUGGAAGCAAUGGGUUUAAGACCCUUCACCUACCCAUUUCCAGAGACGAGGUUUCUUCAUGCAGGACCCAAUGUAUAUAAAUUCAAAAUCAGAUAUGGCAACAGCAACAGAGAGGAAGAGAUAGAAAAUAAAGAAGUCAUCAUCCAGGAGCUGGAGGAUUCUAUUCGUGUGGUCUUAGGAAAUGUGGACCAUCUGCAGCCAUUUGCUACAGAACACUUCAUUGUGUUUCCCUAUAAAAGCAAAUGGGAAAGAGUGUCCCACCUGAAAUUCAGACAUGGGGAAAUUGUCUUGGUCCCCUAUCCAUUUGUUUUCACUUUAUACGUGGAGAUGAAAUGGUGUCAUGAAAACCUGUCACUUGGGAAACCAAUAAACCACAGUCCUCUUGGGUUGGGCCUACCGGACAGGGAAGCAGCAGGAGCCUUGAUGAGGAAGCGAAAAUGCAUGCAAGUGCCCAGCGCCCCCAGCAGGCCAGGCCUGGACAGGGCCGAGAUUGGGACUUCCAGCCAAAGCCCCAGCAAAAAGAAGCCCCCUGUGGAAAUCAGGAAGAACAGGGAAAGAAAAACCCAGCAGGAAUGGCAGGAGACCCCAGCGUUUGAUGUCACCGAUGUCCAGGAACAGGAUUCUAAGUGGAGGGACAGCCCAGCAGGGCAGCCUGUCCUACCAUCACCACAGAACAAUCUGCCUCCACCUACAGGACCCACAGAGCUGGGAUCCAGCGGCUUCUUCGGGUUUCUCAGCUCUCUCUUCCCGUUUAGGUAUUUCUUCAGGAAGAGCAGCCAGUGAGCUUUCGGAAAACAGCAGUGGGAGGUGUCUUCUCACAGUGACACUUCCCACAGCGGUGGGAGGUGUCUACUCCCCCUCCAUCCUCUGCUUGUUGACAUUCUAGUCCCGGGAAAUGAGGGCCCCAA